GCAAAACAGCUUUUGAGGCAACUUUCUAACUUUACUUAUAUCACUUUUUUACCCAGUUUUCAUGCAUUCAUUCAUCACAUAUACAAACAGAACGUUAAGAGCAAAGUACUAAAUUUCCCUUCCAUUUUCUUCAAUAAACCCUAACUGAAAUCUGAAUAGGUUGAAGAAUUGAGAGAAUGAGUAACGUGAGGAGACUGGAGGAGUGCAUGAAGACGCUAGAGGAGGGCAUUAUGAAAGUGAAGUUGAUUUUGGAUGGUUACCCUGCCUGUACGCUCUUCACAUCGGAAGAAUAUAUGAGAUAUUAUGACUGUGUUUAUCUCUUGUCUAUUCGACCUCCCCCAUAUGAUUCGUCAACAGAACUUCUUCAAAGGUAUCAUGCUGCCUUGGAUGAGAGUAUAUACUUCAAGGUUCUGCCUUUUCUGAAAGAUAAGAGUGGCACCUCUCUGUUAGCUGAAUUCUUACGUGUCUGGACAAAUUACAAAGCAAUGGUGAAGUGUCUUGGAGGGUUUUUCCAUUAUCUUGAUAAAAAAUGCACUGAGCAGAAAAGCUCUGCACCGCUUAAAGAGGUUGCUCUUUCUUGUUUCCAGAAUAGGGUUUGCUGUGAUCUCGUUCCAAAACUUUUUGAUGCUGCACUUUUACUGAUAAGUCAAGACCGCAGGGAGGAACCAAUUGACAGGAGCCUACUACAGGGCCUCUCUACCUUCUUUUUGGAAAAUGGUGGGCCAAAAAAAGGAACGUACUAUGACAUGUUUGAGGAGAAAUUGCUUACAGAUACAUCCAGUUGCUACUCUCGAGUUGCCUCUGAGUGGUUCCUUAGCUAUUCUUCGACAGAUUAUAUAUUGAAGGCUGAACAGUGUUUGAUUGAUGAAAAAGUGAAGUUGAGUCAGUUCCUGUAUCCUUCAUCUGUAGAGAAACUACUUCAGGUUGUGCAUCUGAAGUUAAUUGGUGAAACUACAAGCCAGCUGAUUGAAAAACAGAAGGCUGAGAACCUCAACUCAACAAGAUAUCAGGAAUUACUGUCCAGAUGUGCCAAUUUAAGCAUUGGGUAAAGUGCCACAUUUUUUACCAACAUUAUAGUGUCAGAUACCUCAGGAAAAGGAACAAAAAACACUAACAAAAAGCCCCAACAGUGUAAUUGACCAGUGAAGAUUUUGAUGAUCUCUCCCACCGUCUAUUUUUUGCGGCUCCUCUCUUGGUGCUGUUUGGAGUUAGGCCCCUAAUUCCUUUUUUGGCGAUACUCAUAUCUGAAAGUGUCUAGGUAUUUAGCAGAGCAAACAUAUUUACAAGUUAGGAGUAAAUAUACUUUACCAAUUUGCAUAUUUCUGCAGUAUAAGUUCUACAUCUCUUACGGGGAGAAUAUACUUCUUAGUUGCGCAGAUGCAGAAAUCUCAUACAUAUUUGCCGACUGA